AUGCGGAUAGAAGAGCUGGUAAUCGAUGGUUUCAAAUCGUACCCAGUACGAACAGCAAUUACGGGAUGGGACCCAUCUUUCAACGCCAUCACUGGUCUUAAUGGCUCUGGCAAAUCCAACAUUCUCGACGCGAUUUGUUUUGUUCUAGGCAUUACAAACAUGUCCCAGAUGCGCGCGUCAAACCAAGUGGACCUAAUCUACAAGCGUGGCCAGGCUGGUGUAGUCAAAGCCAGCGUGUCAAUCAUCUUUGACAACUCCGACAAAGAUAAUAGCCCUGUUGGCUUCCAGGAUCAAAAGCAAAUCACUGUUACUCGUCAGAUCGCGCUGCCCAAUGUGUCAAAGUAUUUCCUGAAUGGUCACAAAUCCCAACAAGCAACUAUCCAAUCACUCUUUCAAUCCGUUCAACUCAAUAUCAACAACCCAAACUUCGUGAUUAUGCAAGGUCGUAUCACAAAGGUACUCAACAUGCGCCCCCAAGAGAUUCUCGGUAUGGUCGAAGAAGCCGCCGGGACACGUAUGUUCGAGGAGCGCAAAGACAAAGCCAAAAAAACGAUGGGAAAGAAGGAGAAACGUGUCGAAGAGCUGCAGAACAUAUUGGAUGAGGAAAUCACCCCUAAACUCGAGAAGCUCCGCGCCGAGAAGCGAUCGUACAUUGCGUACCAGAAGUCCGUGAGCGAGCUGGAGCGGAUAGGUCGGAAGUUGCGCGCGUACGAGUGGACAGACGGGCAGAAAAAGUUGGCCAAGUAUGAGGCGGAUAUUUUGGCAGCGAACAAGAAACAAGACGACAUCAAAACCCAGAAAAUGAAAGCGCUAAAGGCAAUUACGGCUGCGGAGAAAGAAAUGGCAGGUGUGACAAAGAGGCGAGAUGCUGAAAUGAGUAAGGGCGGGAAACUCAAGAAACUGCAGGACGAAGUUACCGAACAGGGCAAAAAGGUGGCCAAAAUCCGUGCACAGGCGGAAAUCAAGCUCGAAACCAUUAAAGAGGAGGAAAAGAAAGUCGUUACACUCGACGCUCAACUCAAAGAGGCGAAUGCGAUCUACGCCAAGAAAAAGAAAGAGGUCGAAAAGGUCUCAAGCCAGUUCACAAAGAUCAAGGACAAGCACACAGAGUUCGAGACAAAGCUUGCCUCUGAUGAAGAGCUCUUGCAAACUCUCCUCACUGGCCUUUCCUCAUCGAAUGCAAAGAACAAGGGCGGAGGCUAUAUGGGCCAGCUCGCGGACGCGAAGGCGCGUAUCGCUCAGGCUGCCUCCGAGGAGCAGCAGAACAAGGUGAAGCUCAGCAUGAACGAGAAGGAACUCGCCAACCUCGAAAAGAAGAUGCAGGCAUUUGCUAAAGAGGCCGGGGAUAACAUGAAGAAACUGGAGAAUGUUCAAGCUGCAGUUGAAGGCCUUGAAGGUAAGAUCAAAAACUGUGGCUGGGGCGCAGAGCAGGAUAGGGAAUUGGAAAGGCAAUUGAGAGAGGCGCGAGAUUUGUGUAAAAAUCUUGCAGAGCAACGCGAGCGAGUUAAAUCCAGAAUCCCUAGGCUAAACUUUGACUAUGAAGACCCUACUCCUAACUUCGACCGUCGCAAAGUGAAAGGUGUAGCCGCCCAACUCAUCACUCUUCCUGAAGAGCACUACAACAAAGCCACUGCUCUAGAAAUCGCAGGCGGCGGUAAGCUCUUCAAUGUCGUCAUCGAAGACGAGAAAGUCGGCAAAGACCUCAUCAAGAACGGACGCUUAAAGAAACGAGUGACUUUCAUUCCUCUAAAUAAAAUCAACGCCCGCACUCUCGCAAACCAGGAACUUCAAGCUGCCACUCGACUCGCCCCCGGCAAAGUCCGCACAGCGCUUUCUCUCGUAGGAUACGAGGAGGAAGUUUCUAAAGCUAUCGCCUAUAUCUUUAGCGACACCCUCGUUUGCGACGAUCCUAAUACUGCAAAGGAAGUCACCUUCAAGAUUGGCGUCAAGUCCGUCACACUCGAUGGGGACGUGUAUGAUCCUUCCGGGACCCUCAGCGGCGGGUCUGCGCCUAGCUCGACACAGACACUCAUUCAGGUCCAGGAACUUAUUGGUGUCGAGAACAAGUUCCGGGAGGCCCAGCAUAGGCUUCAGACCCUUAUGCAAGAAGAGCAGCGAACUCAGAACGCGCGCAAUAAUUGGAAGGGCCUCACACGUGAUCUGGAGAUCAAACAGCAUGAACUGAAGCUUCUUCAAGAGCAAGUCGGGGGAAGCAAUGCGUCUCUCAUCGCAGGGGAGGUCGAGAAGGUCAAGGGCAUUAUUGAUAACCUGCGUCAGGCCCUCCAGAGUGCCAAAGACCGGCAACAGGAGGCAAAGGAGGAAUGCAAAAAACUCGAGCGCGACAUGGACGAGUUCAAGAACAAUAAAGAUGGGAAAAUUGAGGAACUCAAGGUCAAUAUAGCGGCGCAAAAAACCGCGCUCCAGAAGAACUCGGUGAUUGUGAAGACACAGCAGAAGGAGCUUCAGGCCGCCAAUAUGGAGCUUGAGCAACUCGAGAAUGACAUUUCCGGAGAGAAGGAGCAGCUCGAGGAAGCACGCGCUGGGAUCGAAGCUUUACAUCAAGAGCUUGAUAAACUUGUGAACCAGGUCGCUUCCAGUGAGGCCGAACAUGCAAAAGCUGAGGAAAGGCUGCAGGAGGAGAUGGCCACUUUGAGCCGCUUUGACGAAGAGCUGAAGGCAUUGGACCGCGAUAUCAAAAAGCACAAAGAACAGAUCACACAGGCUGAUCUUGACACUCAGCAGCUCGAUCAUGAUAUUCAAGGCUAUAUGACUGAAAAGAACAAGGUUGCCCACGCCAUCUCAAAGCUCGAAUCUACAAAUGAGUGGAUUGAGACAGACAAAGAUCAAUUUGGCAAGGAAGGAACACAGUAUGACUUCAAGUCCAUUGAUCUCCUGGGCUUGCGUCAAAAGGCUGAGGAACUUCAAGCCAUGCAUGACGGUCUCAAGAAGAAGGUUAACACGAAGGUUAUGAACAUGAUUGAUAGCGUCGAGAAGAAGGAAACGGACCUCAAGAAGAACAUGGCAAUCGUGAACGAAGAUAAAACCAAGAUCGAGGAGACCAUCGAGGAACUCGAUCGGUACAAAAGAGAUGCCUUGCAGAAAACAUGGGAGAAAGUUAGCAAAGACUUCGGUGAUAUAUUUGCAGAACUAUUACCAGGGAACUUCGCGAAGCUGCAGCCGCCGGAUGGGCAAGAUCUUAUGGACGGUCUGGAAGUUAAAGUCCAGCUCGGUACCGUAUGGAAACAGAGUUUGACUGAACUGAGUGGAGGACAGCGGUCACUGAUCGCUCUUUCCCUUAUCAUGGCUCUCCUUCAAUUCAAGCCUGCACCGAUGUACAUCCUUGACGAAAUCGAUGCUGCUCUAGAUUUGUCCCACACACAACACAUUGGCCAGUUAUUCCGCACACGGUUCAAGGGUUCGCAGUUCAUUGUUGUGUCUUUGAAGGAAGGUCUCUUCACGAAUGCCAACGUACUCUUCCGCGCACGUUUCCGAGAUGGCACCUCGAUAGUGGAAAGAACCGCUCAGCGAUCGACGUCGGCGUUGUAUGCCAACGGAAAUGGAAACGGAGAGGACGAUGAGAACCAGAAUCCAAGGCGGGCACGGAGGAUUGCUGGUAGUUGA